AUGAUUUUUCAGGAGACUUGUUAUGUUUCUGGCCAUGUACUAUGGCGCUUCUGUCUUUUCUUCUUGCUCUGGCGUUGGAUGGUGUUCACUCGACAUUCAGCAUUGGUUGGCACACCUCCUGCUCAUGAUGGACGUGGUAUGGGUUUACUCGAAUCACCUUUGGGUUUACUCGAAUCACCUUUGGGUUUACUCGAAUCACCUCUAGCUUAUGGUGUGGCGUGGCAGGACUUUCUUGCUGGGACACUGGUUGCGAAUAUGCAUGGCGACGGUGUUAAGAGCUGGAAUUGCGUGGUUAUGUGGUUAUGUGGUUAUAGUACCAGGUUUGGUACUUUUGUCAUCUACAUUGUUGCUGAGGUGUUUCGGCAGGCUUUUGAGCUGCGAGCCCUCGUUGCCAACGCUCUGCCAUCCUUACCCUGGAUCCAGGCACGACUCGAACUUAUCAACACUCCAACACAAUUCAACAUAAAAACAAAAUAA